UCUGACAGUCACAGCGGUGAGAGAGGAGGAGGACAUCAGGGAUUACCAUGGCGGCCAUCACAGAGUUCCAGAGUAAGUCUUCCCACAGUUGCUCUCUUCUGAGGUGUCAGUCUAAGUCAUGGAGCACAGAUCAGUGGCCUGACUUCACAAUACAUGGAUGUGCUUGUGGAAGGAAUGCAUUUUAAGAGAUGGGUACUGGUCUGGUCGGAUUCGGUUUAUUUUUCCUGCUUAUUGGUGUGCUGCUGUACUUUGACUCUGUCUUGUUGGCCUUUGGGAAUAUCCUGUUUCUGUUGGGUUUGACAUUCAUCAUCGGCUUCAGAAGGACAGCCCAAUUCUUCUUCCAAAGAAACAAGUUUCGAGGUUCUUUCUUCUUUCUUGGAGGCGUGUCUCUGGUGUUGUGCCGUUGGCCAAUCAUUGGAAUGUUGGUGGAGAGUUACGGCUUUGUGCUUUUAUUCAGGUCCUUCUUCCCCGUAGCCUUGGGAGUUGUGCUGUCAGUUGUGAAUGUCCCUUUCCUAAAUGCAUUUCUCUCCAGCAGCUCUUCCAUGGUGUGAGCAGAAAAACAUGUUGCAGCAGUUAAGGAAUGCUGGUUGCCCUUUGACUGACUGUGAUCCCCUCUGUGUGGGCAGAGGGGAAGAUCUCGGGGAUAACGGCUCCAUAACUCAACUAUUGUUGUUUGCAUUUAUUUUUUUUUACAAUGUACUGUAUUUACGACCAUAUAAGGUUACAAUAAAUAACCAAGCAGUCAAAUGCUACUUAAAAACUAUUCUAACUUAAAACCUUUGUUUUCCAGUUUUCCAUCUAAUUUUGCUAUAAUUUACUGUUUUAAUUAAACCUCUUAAUAUUUUGUUAUGGUGUUAAAUAAAAAAGUCUCUACAUUGUU